UUAUUAUAUAAAUCGAGAGGGAAUGAAUAGCAUAAAAGAUUCUCCAGAGGAAAAGGCGCGCUCGCGGGUCUCGUCUCGUGUGCUUCUUAACUGCCGCUUCGUUUAUCAGCAAUUCGCAUCUGCAGUUGAAUUAAUCAGAAGAUGGAUGCAUCAAAAACCGCAGUCUUUGUCAAUGCAGAACUGUUACCCUUUUAUGUUGGAAGGAGGGUUCGUACAGUGAUGCAGGUUGUGCGAUCUGAUGGUGUAGCUGUCAUCGGAAAAUCACCAGAUGAGAAGCAGAUGGUUGUAAAAGGAUCAGCCCCACCAGCUCCUCUUACAAGUUUUGUAGAAGUUAUCGGUAUCGUUAACAGUGACAAGUCCAUCCGUGCUGAGACAUGGACCAACUUUGGUGAUGCAAUUGAUAUGUUCAGCUACUGUAAGCUUUGUCAGCUUGCAAAUGGAGAAUUUAAACACUUAUUCCUAUGAGUUUAUUUACAACAAGCUUGUCUGACUAUACAAAGGCUUCUCUAUCAUAUGGAAAAACUAGAUGAGACAUUACCGUUGUGUUAGCUAAAAUGGUUUGUUUCGUGUUUUCAUGGUAAAUAAUGUUUGCUUAUUAUAAUUGAAAUCUAGAGACUUUUGGGGGUCCAUGCGUAAUAGGAAUCGUAAUCUGAUUUUUAAAACACUUGUCUGUUAUCUUUAAUUUUUUAUAUUAGCCCCAGGAUUGAUCCCUUUCAGAAGAUAUAUUGAGAAAUAGUGUUGUUGGUUUA